AUGUGUCAGGGUUUCAAAGCCGUCAUCUUCGACCUCGGCGGCGUCCUCUUGGAUUGGGACCGUCAAAAUCAGCCGAUGAUGACUCGGGAUCAAUUUUCAGCGAUGAUGAACUCGACGGCGUGGCACAAACUUGACAGAGGGGAACUCACAGUCAAGCAGGCGUGUGAGCACUUUAGCACAAUGCUAGGCGUAGACUCGGCCGCUGUCGAGGCAUCCUUGGAAGAAGCCCAAAAGUCAUUGAAAGUCGUCCCGGAACUGCUGGCGACAAUCCAUGAUCUGAAGACCUCAAACAAGAAUCUGAAGUUCUACGUCAUGUCCAAUGUAUCCAAAGAGCAUUUCGCAAUCGUCUGCCGAGAACUCGAUGUUCCCUGGUCGGAGUUCACCCGGGUCUUCGUCUCCGGGGUCGAGGGCAUGCGGAAGCCCGAGCUGGGUUUCUGGCGCCACGUCCUGGCGCAGAUCGGCGCGAGGCCGGAGCAGACCAUCAUGGUCGACGACUCGGCCGAGAACAUCUGCGCGGCCCGGUCUUUGGGCAUUCGUGGUAUGCUGGUGGAUAGUAAACAUCCCGAGAAGACGAGCGCUGCGCUGCGUAACCUCUUACAAGACCCCUUACGGCGGGCUCAGGCGUACAUGAAGACGAACGCGGGUAACCACUUUUGCGUGGUUCAGGGUCAUGAGGGCAUUACGUUCAAGGAUAACUUCUCCCAGCUCAUGAUAUGGGGGUUAACUGGAGAUGAGAACGCUGUUUCUCUUCGAUGGCCUUCUCAUGCAGAACAGACUGGGAAAUUGGACUCUACUGCCAGGGACUCCGAAACCAACGGCGAGAGGGACGAUACACAGCCUACACUCCCCAAUGGAGACGUCAACAACGAAGUCGAAACCGGCCUCUGGAACUUCUUCUGCGAGAAGCCAAUCUUAACAACCACAGACUUCCCCCCGGACGCCGACACAACCGCCAUGGCAUACAUCUCCAUCCCCUCACCACACCACGGACGCCUCGCAAACCCGGACAUCGUCCUCGACGAGAUGCUCUCCAACUCCGACCCCGACGGCAUCGUGCGGGUCUACUUCUCCACCGACAGGCCCCGCACGUGCCCGGAAGUCUGCUGCAACGUCUUGCGAGCCUUCAACCGCUUCGGCCGGAUUUCCGACCCCCGUCUGCAGGCGACCAAGGACUGGGUGGUCGACUGUCUUAGGAAUGACGCCUGUCUUGAUGGGAGCCGGCAUUACUCGACGGCAGAGACGUUUCUGUAUUUCGUGGCGCGGCUUUACGAUGAAUGCGAUGAAGGGCCGUUGAAGGGGCAGCUGGAGCUAGUUAAGGAGAAGCUUGGAGAAAGGAUCCACGUGCCUGCCAACCCGGCGGCACUUGCGCUGCGGCUUUCUGCUUGUCAGAUUGUAGGGAUUGAUCCAGGGCUCUAUAGAAAGGACUUGAAGGCUUUGAUGUCUUUGCAGGAGUUGGACGGAGGUUGGCCCGCGGGGCAUUUCUGCUGGUAUGGCAGGACAAGAGCCAAGAUCGGGAAUCGUGGUUUUACCACGGCUUUAGCUAUGAGUAUCAUGCAAAAGGAGGAGAAUUAG